AUGGGUCUAUUUCACUUAGCAAACUGUCUAGCUUUGGCGACCGGUCCUCAUUUGCUGGUGUACAAGUCUUCUGGAAUACGUGAAAAUGAUGCGUUCUGGCCUUGUCUCAAAAUUGCAUGCUUUUACGCGCUUACACAGAUGCUGAAAUUUUUCCUGGUUACUUUAGCUCCUCAAAACUAUUUAUCUAAAGGCGAUUCUAUGACAUUUAAUGUUUUUGGGAUAUUACUGGAAAUAGUGGUUAUUAGUUUAAUCGUACGCGGGCCGCUUUGUAGAAGUGAAUUCAAUGUAGUAGCGUCGAGUGUAGGCUGGUCACUCGCAUCACUAAUAGCCACGAGAUAUGUUCCAAUUUGGGUAGGUACACGUGGACUAGAAUUUGACUGGAAGUAUUUGUGUUUGAGUUAUGAAGCAAACUUGGACCUAAUUGAUACAUUUGUAAUGUUUUAUUCUAUUUGGUUACUGUCACGUCGCUCAGGCCCCGUCUGGAGCACAUCAUUGGGUCUCCUUAUCAUUACUAUGGAGCCAAUUAAAGAUAUAUUUUACGCAUUAGUGUCUCAUAAAAUUGAGAGCAUCUUCAUAAUUCUCGUGAUAAAAACAAUCAUCUCUAUUCUUUUUGGAAUUGUAACUAUGGUAAUACGAUCACAAAGACAUAGUGAUCGGACAGAAGCGCGGGAAUCACAAGGAUUAUCCACUAUUAUUCGUUUUUUAUAUCAGUUAACAACAGGACGAUACACAUGUGCAUACAAAAGUCGGGACUCAAAAUCAAACUCAUCAGUGUUUCUCAAAAAUGUAAAAUGA